CGCUCCCUCACAGCCCAGACUGCACCCUCCUUCAGGUCUCACUCGACACCGCCCUGCUUGAGUGGGUGUGUGCGGGCGUGGUGUUGACGCUGGAGGGGAUGAAUGGCGUGGGCGGUGGCGGGGGCCUGGGCUACCCCACCACAGAGAAGGGCGCCCGCAAGCCCAAGUGCGCCCGCUGCCGCAACCACGGCAUGAUCAGCUGGCUCAAGGGCCACAAGCGACACUGCAAGUUCAAGGAUUGCACCUGCGCUCGCUGUAACCUCAUCGCCGAACGCCAGCGUGUCAUGGCUGCCCAGGUGGCGCUGAAGAGGCAGCAGGCAGCGGAAGACGCCAUCGCUAUGACAUUCAGAGUGGCGGCCACGGGCACCACCUGCCCCUUCCUUCCCCAGGGACCCAUCUUCGGACUCCCAGUCACUGAACCACUGGUCAAAGAUGGUGAGAUUGGUCAUGAAGACGAAUCGAGGAGUGAGGUGAGCGUGGCAUCCCCUGGCACAGUGGUCACUUCACCUGCCAUGUCUCCUACCUCCACUUCCGGGGUCACACCUAUCGACGAUGAUCCUGCUCACACUCCGCCACAUGUGUCUUCCCACUCAUCUCCUCACAUGUCAGCCCACACCUCGCCCCACAUGUCAACACACACCUCUCCUCUCAUCACCUCACACAGCGGAUCUUCACAGUCCAGCAGUGAGUCUCAGCAGGUCUCACCCCCUCCGACAGUGUCCCAAGGAGAGGUUCGACCUGCGACCGCGGAGAGCCAGAGUGCCAAUGAAGGUCCCGGCGAGGCGCAGCCAAGCAGGGAUACAACCAUGGUGUGCCAGAGUCCGGUGGAGUCGCGGAAGGAGGAUCCAGGUACCCUGGAUGGUAUAGAUAUAUUAAUGAGGAUCUUCCCUAGUGAACGUCGCGGAGUGCUAGAGCUGGUGUUAACAGGAUGCGGAGGGGAUCUCUUGCGAGCCAUCGAGCACUUUCUCUCUGUUGGUGAAGCGUUGCGCCGCCCAACUGCCGGCAUCACCGUGCCCCGCCCUUCAGAACACCCUCCCCGUCCCCUCUCGCCGCCCAAACCGAGUCUUGGGAGCGCCAAGUCCGCCUUUACGCCCUUAACCAGCAGUGGAGUGCCGCCACCCGCUCACCAAAGCUCAUAUUUUGGUGGGGGCCUGCCCCGCGUUCCCUUGUAUGGGGACUCUCGCUUCGCCCCUCCGCUUCUACCCCUCUCCUACCCGCACCUUCUGCCUCCACUACUACCGGUACUACCCCCUCUGCCACUUCACCGCCACUACCACCACGACUCUUCCCCAGACCCCGCUGAUCUGCGUGAUAACGAACUCACACGCGCCAGGGACCACCUGUCGGAGUACCCACUCCGACAUGACCUGCUAGGACGUCCCGACCUCCGCCUCAACCUGGACUUGCGGCCUGACCUCCGGCUGCGCUCUCCUGCCGCCGAGGACAGCGCCUGAGGCAAUGCUGCUCGCUGUAACACUCGUAUUUAUUACUGGUUACGUAAUAUAAAAUACCUUAAACUUUGGCAGAGUAACACCUUAAUAUGAAUAUUUAUUUAUAUUGUAUGUAUACUUUAACCAUUUUAUA